ACCAACAACACCUUCCCCCUUUUCCCCCUCCACCCGCGUCCCUCUUUGAUCAGAGCACCAUGGCGUUGAAGCGCAUCAACCGUGAGCUCAAAGACCUUGAGCGCGAGCCUCCAGCACAGUGCUCGGCCGGUCCCGUUGGCGAUGACUUUUUCCACUGGCAGGCCACCAUCAUGGGCCCCCAUGACAGUCCGUACCAGGGCGGCGUUUUCUUCCUCGAUAUUCACUUUCCCGCAGACUAUCCCUUCAAGCCCCCCAAGGUUGGCUUCACGACCAAGGUGUAUCACCCCAACAUCAACUCGAACGGUGGUAUCUGCCUGGACAUUCUGAAGGGCCAGUGGAGCCCAGCUCUGACGAUAUCGAAGGUUCUCCUUUCGAUCUGCUCUCUCCUCACAGACCCUAACCCCGAUGAUCCUCUGGUGCCCGAGAUUGCACGAGUAUACAAGACGGAUCGUGAAAAGUACAACAAGACGGCUCGUGAAUGGACCGUCAAGUAUGCCCAAUAGGUUUGGUGAUCCAGCAGCUCUCCUCUCCCUUGUUCUCGCCUUCCCCCAUACCAAAUUUUAAAGAAAAGGAACCG